AUGGCGAUUCAGAAGAAGCACGGCAAGGGCCGUCUUGAUAAGUGGUAUAAGCUUGCCAAGGAGAAAGGAUACCGCGCCCGAUCGGCCUUUAAAAUUAUUCAAUUGAAUAAGAAAUAUGGAUUCCUGGAAAGGAGCAAGGUCCUUCUGGACCUUUGCGCUGCGCCAGGCUCCUGGUGUCAAGUUGCUGCCGAGGUGAUGCCAGUGAAUAGUUUGAUAGUCGGCGUCGACCUUGCACCAAUCAAGCCUAUACCCAGAGUCAUUACCUUUCAGAGCGAUAUUACGACCGAGAAGUGCCGUGCUACUAUUCGACAACAUCUUAAAACGUGGAAAGCUGACACUGUAUUGCAUGACGGUGCACCGAAUGUCGGUACUGCAUGGGCACAAGACUCCUUCAAUCAGGCAGAACUUGCUUUGCAGUCUCUAAAAUUAGCGACUGAGUUUCUUGUUGAAGGUGGCACAUUUGUCACCAAGGUUUUCCGAUCGAAGGACUUUAACCCAUUGCUAUGGGUCCUGAAUCAGCUUUUUGCAAAAGUUGAAGCCACAAAGCCACCUUCCUCUCGAAACGUUUCCGCUGAAAUUUUCGUCGUCUGCAGAGGAUUCAAAGCCCCUAAGCGCAUCGACCCCCGAUUUCUCGAUCCUCGCCAUGUCUUCGCGGAGCUUACCGGAGCAACGCCAAAUAAUGAGGCCAAGGUUUAUAACCCUGAGACUAAGAAGCGAAAACGAGAAGGCUACGAUGAAGGCGACUAUAUACUGUUUAAAGAAGUUCCCGCCAGCGAAUUCAUCCAAACCACCGAUCCGAUCGCUAUUCUCGGAUCUUGCAAUAAGCUCACUUUUUCGCAGCCACCCGGUGGUGAUGUGGCUUUGGCCGCUUUAGACAAAAUCCAUGAGACUACCGAGGAGAUCAGACAGUGUUGCCAAGACCUUAAAGUCUUGGGCCGCAAGGACUUUAAGCUUCUCCUCAAGUGGCGCCUCAAAGCGAGAGAUCUUUUUGGAUAUUCAACAAAGGAGAAGAACCAAGAAGACGCCGCAUCUGGAGAGGAGGUGGUUGAGGUCGAAUCAAUGGACGAAGAACUUCGCCUCCAAGGAGAACUGCAAAGCAUGAAGGAUAAAGAGAAUUCUAAAAAGAAACGAGAACGACGCAAAGAAAACGAGAAGAAACAACGCGAGAUUGUCCGUUUGCAGCUCAACAUGGUUGCGCCUAUGGACAUUGGCAUGGAGGAGUCCGGUCCAAUCGGAGAAGGUGCUAUGUUUUCUAUGAAGUCUGCAGAUAAGCCAGGCGCAUUACGGAGGUUGAAUCGUGGCAGUAUGGCAGUUAUUCCAGAUCAAGACACAGCCCAGAAUACUGCUGAAGCGUCUGAUGGAGACGGAAAUGAAAGCGAUGACGAGGAAGAUCUCCUAGAACGGGAACUUGAUUCCAUGUACGACAAUUAUCGUGAGAAGAAAGCCGAAGCCGACGCCAGAUACCGUGCCAAGAAAGCCAGAGAGGAGCGUGACGAUGAGUGGGAAGGCCUUUCCGCGGAUGAGGAUGGUGUGAAAUCGGAUUCAAGUGAGCUUGAAGAGGAGGAUGACUCGUCAGAAGAUGAGGAAGGCCAACCAGCAAGAAGCCUUUUGACGGAUCUCGAUGACAAUGCACCGUCAGCAGACGGACUAUCUAAGCGAGCUGCGGCAUUUUUCAGCCAGGACGUUUUUAAAGAUUUCACUGCCAGUGCAAAGGAUGUUCAUGUAAAUGACAACGGUGUCGUCGACAACAUUACCAUGGGUGGUCAAUUUUCCAAAAACACACGGCUGAAUGGAGCAAAUGGUAGUACCAAGAAGGUAGCGAAGAUUCAAACUCCGAUCAAGAAAACUGGCUCGCAGGAAGACAAUGACGAGGACGAUGAUUUUGAAGUCGUCAAGGGCAAUCAUACCGACGAAUGGCAAGAGGAGAAGCGUCUUCCAGACGGAAAACUUGGUGAGUACAUGGUUAAUGAUGCCAGGCUGGCACAAACAAACAUCACAUCUGACACCUCCCCUCUAGAUAUCGACAUAAUCACUGCUGAAGCAAUGACCAUAGCUCACCAACUUGCUACCGGUCAGAAGACAAGUCAUGAUGCGAUCGAUGAGGGCUUCAACAAGCAUGCAUUUCGCGAUAGGGAGGGUUUGCCAGAGUGGUUCAUUGACGAUGAAAGCAAGCACGAUAAACCGCACAAGCCCGUUACCAAAGCAGCUGCAGAUGCUAUUAAAGAGAAACUUCGGGCUUUCAACGCACGACCGAUUAAGAAGGUUCGGGAGGCAAAGGCAAGAAAGAAGUUCAAGGCUGCUCAGAAGCUGGAGAAGCUAAAAAAGAAGUCGGAUAUGCUCGCCAAUGAUGAAGGCAUGACUGAAAAAGAAAAGGCAGAGAGCAUAGGCAAACUGUUGAGCAAAGCUGCUCGCAAGAAGCCUUCACAACCAGCCAAGCUGGUCGUGGCCCGCGGCUUGAACAGAGGAGUCCAGGGAAGACCCAAGGGUGUCAGAGGGCGCUAUCGUAUGGUAGAUCCUAGGAUGAAGAAAGAGUUGAGGGCACAAAAGCGGAUUUCUCAGAAAAAGAAAAGAUGA